AUGUCCUUCUUCGAAUACCCCCCGAAACCAAAGUCCUCCCUAGGCUACCAUCGCAUCCUCUCCCCGACAGCCUCCGUGAAGGUCUCCCCAAUCUGCCUCGGCGGUAUCGGCAUCGGCCACUCCUGGUCCUCAAUCUUCGGCAAGAACGAAGACCCCUUCGCCCUCCUCGACGCAUACUUCGCCCUCGGCGGCAACUUCAUCGACACCUCCAACAUCUACAACUCAGAAGACUCGGAGCGCCUCAUCGGAGAAUGGAUGGAGAAGCGUGGCGUGCGGGACCAGAUCGUCUUGGCCACCAAAUACACCGCGGGUUUCCGCUCGUACAACCGCGAGAAAGAACCACUGCAGAGUAAUUUCACAGGGAAUUCGGCCAAGAGCAUGCACAUCUCCGUCCGAGAGAGUUUGAAGAAGCUGAGGACGGACUACAUUGAUGUAUUGUACGUGCACUGGUGGGAUUGGGCCACAGGCGUGGAGGAGGUUAUGAGGGGCCUGCAUGCGCAUGUCAUGGCGAAGGAGGUGCUGUAUCUGGGUGUGUCGAACACGCCGGCGUGGGUUGUUGUCAAGGCGAACGCAUUCGCCCGCGCCAACGGUCUCACGCCCUUCUCGGUCUACCAAGGACGCUGGAACGCCGGCUUUCGCGACAUGGAAGCGGAGAUCAUCCCAAUGUGCGAGGAUCAAGGCAUGGCCAUCGUUCCUUGGGCUGCUCUCGGCGGCGGCAAGUUCCUGACGGCUGGAGAAAGAGAGGCGCGCGACAAGGACCCCGACGCACGCAAGUCCUCUCACGGGCAGGAGGUCUCGGUCGCUCUCUGCGAGGCGCUCGAAAAGAUUGCAAAAGAGAAGGGCGCGACUCUUCGAUCGAUCGCUCUAGCUUAUCUGUUCCAUCAAUCUCCUUACGUCUUCCCAAUCAUCGGCGUCAACACUGUCGCCCACGUCGAGGCCAUCCCCGAAGCAAUUGGCAUCGAGCUCUCCAAAGCAGAUAUCGAUCUCAUCCACGAAGCCUCCCCGUUCGAUCCGCGAUUCCCGAUGAACUUUGCGUUUGGUUACAUGAAGGGCGGGAAGUAUGACUUGAGUCUCACGGCUGCGGAUAACCAGCAGUACACUAUCGCGGCGUGGAUCGAUGCGCCGCCGAAGCCAUUGCCAUACAAACCUAGGAAGGUCUCGGAGACGGAGGCUUAG